AAUCCCUCACCUUUCUUCUUUAUAAAACGCCCCACUUCUUCCCCACAUACUCUCCAUGAGUAUCAAAAUUUAUUAUGAAGCGUUUUUCUUCACACAAUCUCUCUUUUCAUCUUCCUCUCUGUUUAUCAAUAUUUUUAUCUUUUAGAGUUCUUAUUAUCAUGUUUUAUAAGCUAUUGUUCUUUAAUUUCGUUUUCUUAUGUUAUAUUUCUGGAUUUGAAUCUUUUGUUUUAAUAUGAUUGAAAUCUUUGAUCCUGUAUUCUGGCAAUUGGUUUGUUAAUUUUCGAUUCUGGAUCUUGAUUCCUGUGAUUGGUUUGGUUCUUAAACCUAUAUUUGAUCGAAGCUUAUAAUUGUGAUAAGCUUACAAAAUCAUAGCUUCUAUGGUGUUAACUAAGCUUAUAAUUGCUUGAUUUCUGAAUCUUCCAACAUUUUUAUUGUUGUUUAGAAUUUCUUCUAUGCUAUAAUAUAUAUGUUUAAAUUUCGUUACUUCACUCUAUUAUUCAAUUCAGAUGUUCUUCUUGGCUAUUAUAUAUGUUUCAGAUUUGUUUGUUUCAGUCUAAUAUUGAUUCAGAUGUUAGUCUUAUAUUUUGUUAGAUUUAUUAAAAAGAUUCUGAUCUAUGUUCAUCUUAUAUUGGUUUGGUUGAUUAAAUAUAUUAUUUUAAACAAAACAAAAAAUGCUAUGGUAUGUUACAAAUUUAGACUAUUUAUUUUGAUUCAAAUGUUCAUCUUAUAUCUUCUAGAUUUAUUGAACAGAUUCCAUUCAAGUGUUCCUCUUGUUUGGUUGAUUAAACCUAUAUUAUAAUUAAAACCAAAAAAAGCUAUGAUGUUUUCCAGAUUUAGAAUAUUUAUUGAGAAAAUAGCCUAUCAAAUUUGGUAGUCUGAAAUUCCUCUUUAGGCAAAAUAAUUCAUUUCAGAGAACAAUGUAGUAGUCAUUUUAGCUGGUUUAAAUGUAGAAUGGUUAUUGGACCGGUUAUCUAUCUAUUUUGUAUCCUUUUAGGCUUGCGUUCUUGUUUACCCCAAAUUAGUUCUUCGCCUGGAGACUGACGCUAGCGAUUUGCUUGAACCUAAGAUCCAUUGUCUGGUUCUCUUUGCUGGACCUUAACAGUGUAGAUGGGUCAGUUUAAGAUGAAGUUAAAGCUGAAGUGGUUAGAGAAGAUGAAGAAAGAUAAGAGGGAGUUAAAGAAACUCAUCCAAGUGGUUGAACAGGCUUACGCUAUUAGUCUUUCUCCUCCUGUUAGCGAAACCUAUGAUAUAAAUCAUCCAGAUGGUAGCGACAAAGUCUACAAGUCCAUCGUCCUUCAUAAUAAGCUCACUGUUCUUUUAAUAUCUGACCCAUCUGCUGCAAGCAACUCUGCUGCAAUGAGUGUGAAGUUUGGAUCUUUUGAUGAUCCAAGUGAUAUGCAAGGACUAGCCCACCUGAUAGAACACAUGGUUUUCUCUGGUUCAACUAUUAAUGGUGGAGAAAACGAUUUCAAGGACUUUGUGGGGAUGCAUGGUGGUGAUGUUUUUGCUAACACGGAACCGGAAUAUAUGGGUUUCUCUUUUACGAUUGUAAAAGAUCAUUUCAAAGCUGCGUUGGAAAUGUUUGCCAAUAUGUUCAAUGAACCUCUAAUGGAUAUUGAACGUUUUAAAAAAGAGAUGAAGACACUCAAUUCAGAGUUUGAAUCUAACAAAUAUAAAGACACCAGCCGGAUGGAACAAUUAUUUUCUCAUACCUCUCCAGUAAAUCAUCCAUUCAACCGGUUCACAUGGGGCAACAAUCAAUCCUUCUCUGGCCAUGAACCGCAAGCCCUCCGUGACUGUGCUUUGAAGCUGUUCCGAAGUCACUUCGUAGGAGGUUCCAUGAAGCUCGUUAUAAUCGGUUCAGAAGCUGUAGAUGAACUUGAAGAUUUGGUCAUUGAGUAUUUUUCCAAUCUUAAACGUUGGAGAAAGACUAAUUUUGUAUUUCCUGAGUUUAAUGAUCGUCUUUGGAAGCAUGGCGUUUCUUACACACUUGAGUCUUUAGAAGAUGCCCAGAGUAUGAAGAUUUCUUGGAUAAUUCCUCCUAUCUCUCUCUCACAUUCUGAGAUAAGGCCAGAGCAGUUAAUUCACAUACUUAUAUGUGAAGAGAGUGAAGGCUCUCUUUGCUUCUUUUUCAAGUCGAAGCACUGGAUCACUUCUUUCACUGCAUCAGUUGGUCAUGAGUAUAUGUUUUCAGAUGUUGGAAAUUGUUCUUUUUCAUCUACAGCUGGAGGUCAACUAUUUACGAUCAAUUUAGAUAUGACCCAUGCUGGAUUGGAGAAUAAAUAUGAAAUGGUUUCAUAUAUAUAUCAGUAUCUUCAUAUGUUAAGAACCUGUGGAUCUUCUACACUGCUUCUUUCACUCAUUGAAGAUUACAAACUUUUACUACAAAUGAAGUAUCAAUGCAUGGAUAGUGAUUGUAACCAGCUUGGUGAUCCAGUUAAUUUUUCUUUGGCUCUUGCAGUUAAUAUGCUCAGUUUCCCAGUGUCACAUGCUGUUUCUCUCGACUUUUGUUAUGAGUUUGGUGAUCUCACAGCAGUCCAAGAUAUGCUUAGAAAUUUCACAACUAACAAUAUGCGGAUUGAUCUAUUAACAAAGUCAUUCACCAAAGAAGAAGAAACACAAGAAGAGCCAUAUUUUUCUUCCAAGUAUAAAGAAGAACCAAUUCCACACCAUUACCUUCAGAAGUGGGAGAGUUCCCAAUUCCUGCAUUUUCCACAACGCAACAGCUUUAUGCCUGCAACAUGUUUUUGGAAAGAUGUUCCUGAUUAUCUCAAAAACGAGGAGAUUCUAGAUGUUGACCAUGAGGACAAGACUGGUGAUGUGGAGAAUUCAAAUUCUGAUGAAAUGGAGGAGGAUCCAGAUUCAAACAAUGACGUUCAAAUGGAUGAGGAUCCAGAUUCUUUCGAAAUGGAGGAGGAUCUAGAUUCUGACAGUGAAGUUCAAAUGGAUGAGGAUCCAGAUUCUUGCGAAAUGGAGGAGGAUCUAGUUUCUGACACAUCUGAGGAGGCCGAUGAUGAGGAGACUCCUUAUCAACCCAUUAUUGUUGAUGGUCAUAACAAGCUCUUCUACCGACAUCAAGUUGUAGCAUUGUCUACCGCUUGUUUCAACGUCUACAUGAAUGUUUCUCCUGGAGUAAUCCCUCAUAUGGUUGCUAGAAUCUAUUUUGAGAUGCUCAAACACGAGCUCAGCCCUAUCAUAUACAGGGGUGUUGAUGCAUAUGUCUAUCCUCAGUUAUCAUUUCGAGAUGAUAACACCAUAGAGAUUGAACUCUAUGGUUAUGCAGGAACGAUUAGAGAUUUUAUGUCUUCUUUUUGUGAGGAGUUUAGAUCUUUUGUUCCUACUCUUGAAGUUUUUGAGAUCAUAACUGAAAAGAUGUUGAGACAGUUCUAUCUCACAUCACGAGAUCUCAUUGUGCAUGGAAAGCAGUUACUAUCUGAGUUUAUCAUCGAAGGACAGCUCAGCAUGGAUGAGAAAUUCAAUGCAAUGAAGUUAAUCUCUUUUGAAGAUCUGAACGCCUUUUUACCUAAAACGCAGCAGAUUCGCAUAGUCGGAUUAUUUUUGGGGAGUUUCUCUGAAGACUAUUGCAAACAAAUCCUAGGUUUAUUCAAACCAUUUGGAGAGUUUGAAAUUCCAAGGAAAUCAGGAACUAAGAAAGAGCUAGCUCUCAUUUCUCCAUACAGAGUGUCUGCUAUGCCAAUAACUGAGAUUGAAAGUAAUUCUUUGGCCAAGGUAUACUACCAAAUGACUUGUGAAGAAAAUUCUAAAGAUUUUAAGUCGAACAGGAUCUCAGCCUUCUUACAUCUCUUGAAGUCUAUGGUAGAUGAGCAAAUAUAUACUGAUUUGAGGCUGAAACAGAGGCUUGGUUAUCUUGUUGGUUGUGAGAUUCACAACCAACAUGGGACUAAAGGAGUCUAUUUCUAUGUUGUCUCCUCUGAACAUAAACCGAUGCAUCUCUUGGAGAAAAUAUAUGAAUUUGUUGCUUCUCUGCGUCACUAUCUGGUCAAUGUUGAAGAGAAAACUUUUGAACUUUACAAAAGUGGAAUUGAUGUGCCAGAUGACUCUGAUAUGUCUUCGGACCUGAUUCAUGAUGACAGCAGUUGCAUAAGAGGUCAUCACACUGCAGUGAAGUUGGUUUUGAAAACCAUGAAGAAAGAAGAUGUGAUCGAGAUAUAUGAUCACUUUUUAGUCCAGAAGCCUCUCAUAGUUGAAGUAUGCAUUGGAUCUGACAUAUGAUAAUCUAGUUUUAUGCAUAGUAUCUGAUGUUUUAUGUUUUUGAGAGGAUUAAUGCAUUAGACAAUGUUUUUGUUUUUGAGAGGUUAUGUUUUAUACCUCUGGCCGAAUUAUAACUCUUUUGGUAUUUGACAAAUUUAAUAUUUUGGCUUA